AUGGCCGCUCAGCUCAAGCAGAGGCCGCAGGCCGCCUCCGUCGAGAAGAAGGAGGAGUUCGCGGACGCCAACAUCCCCGACGACUAUGUCGCACGCGUGCUGGCCACCGAGAAGCCCCUCCCUCCGAUCCAGGCCAAGAACAUCCUCAAUGAGAUCCAAUGGGUCUCGUUCAUCGCCCUCACCUCGACCCCGAUCCUGGCCAUCUACGGCAUGUUCACCACCAAGCUGUCGGCCGCCACCUUCGCGUGGGCCGCCGUCUACUACUUCUUCACCGGCCUCGGCAUCACCGCAGGCUACCACCGCCUGUGGGCCCACCGCGCCUACAACGCCUCGGCGCCACUGCAGUACUUCCUCGCCUGCAUGGGCUCCGGCGCCGUCCAGGGCUCGAUCCACUGGUGGGCCCGCGGCCACCGCGCCCACCACCGCUACACCGACACCGACCUCGACCCCUACGGUGCGCAUUUUGGCCUUUUCUGGUCCCACCUCGGCUGGAUGCUCGUCAAGCCGCGCAGGAAGCCCGGUGUGGCCGACAUCUCGGACCUGCGCAAGAACCCGGUGAUCAAGUUCCAGCACAAGUUCUACCUGCCCCUCAUCCUCUUCUGGGGUCUCGCCUUCCCCACGCUCGUCGCCGGCCUCGGCUGGGGUGACUGGAGGGGUGGCUUCUUCUACGCCGCCGUCGCCCGCCUCGUGUUUGUGCACCACUCGACCUUCUGCGUCAACUCGCUGGCCCACUACCUUGGCGAGGCUUCGUUCGACAACAAGAUGACGCCCCGCGACCACUUCGUCACCGCGCUCGUCACCAUCGGCGAGGGUUACCACAACUUCCACCACCAGUUCCCCAUGGACUUCCGCAACGCCAUCCAGUGGUACCAGUACGACCCGACCAAGUGGUUCAUCUCGCUGAUGAGCUACCUCGGCCUCGCCUCGCACCUCAAGACCUUCCCGGACAACGAGGUCAAGAAGGGCCGCCUCGCGAUGCAGCUCCAGAAGGCGCACGAGUUUGGCCAGCAGCUCGAGUGGCCCAAGUCGUCGUCGCACCUGCCCGUCAUCUCGUGGGACGACUUUGUCGAGGAGUCCAAGACCCGCCCCCUGAUUGUCGUCCACGGCUUCAUCCACGACGUGUCGUCGUUCAUUGACGAGCACCCCGGCGGCCGCCACCUCCUCACCGCCAAGAUCGGCAAGGACGCCACCACGGCCUUCCUCGGCGGCGUCUACGACCACUCGAACGCGGCACACAACCUCCUCUCGAUGAUGCGCGUUGGCGUCCUCGACGGCGGCUACCAGCUGGCCAAGGACGAGCUGGCCAAGGCCGAGCGCGAAAACCGCGCCAACGGCACCAGCAGCAACCGCCCCGCCGGUGCGCCUCCGUCGCCCGUCACCUCGGACGACGAGGACCUGAGCCCCGCCACGCCCACCGACAGCACGCCUCCGGCCGUCACGUCGGCCGUGGCCGCGGCCGCCGAGCAGCUCAACGCGCAGGAGGCUGCCAAGAGGGUCAACAGCAAGGCCGCCGCGUACGUCACCCCUGGCGAGACUUACCAGAUUGUCAAGCGCGGCGAGCUCAAGGCCAACGCCAAGGUCGACAACACCAAGUUUGGCAGGUUCCUCUGA